AUGGCCCAAACCCAAGAAGCUGACGAGCCCUAUCAGGGUCAUGAAGCCAGAGCCCCAGUAGUAGAUGAUGCUGUGAUCGCUACCGGCAUAAAUCCACGUUUGAUAGUCAUACUCGUGUUCCUCGGAUUUGGCUCGACCAGCAUGGGAUAUGCUAGUUCAAUCAUCGCGACAACUCUUUCUCAGCCGUCGUGGUACCAGAGCCUGCAUCUAUACACCGCAUCAAAUUCUACGGCGCUUAUCGGCGCUACUAACGGCCUUUUUUAUACCGGAGGCGCCUUUGGUUCACUCUUCAGCGGUUUCAUCGUGCACAAAUAUGGGCGGAAGAAAUGCGCUGCCCUUGCAGCACUUAUCAUUCUUAUUGCUAGUGCUCUUAUCACAGCUUCCCAACACAUCGGCAUGUUCGUCACAUUCAGGUUCUUCCAGGGUUGGGGUUCAUUUCAGAUGCUAUCAGCCAUUCCCUUGUGGAUGGCCGAACUGGUUCCGCCCAAGAAAAGGGGUCUGUUAGUGCAGAUUCACCCCGCGAUGAUCAAUUUUGGUUAUACCGCCGCCACUUACACUGGUAUUGGAUUUUUUCACUACAGUGGUGGCGGCGAUGACCAGUGGCGCGGUCCGAUAGGACUUGCCGGACUGUUCCCUUUCUUGUUCUUAAUCGGACUUUAUUGGAUUCCGGAAUCGCCUCGAUUUCUUAUAUCCAACGGUCGAACAGAUGAAGCAUGGGAUAUUCUUCGUCGACUACAUUCAAAUCCUAAGGACCCUGAACAUCUUUUUGCAAAGAAAGAGCUGUAUCAGAUCCAUCAACAAGUGCAAUUGGACAAUGCACAGUCGGUCGACAUCAAAUCCGGUUACCUGAAUAUCUUUGAAAAGAAAUCUUUGAGGAAGCGUGCCUUCAUCGCUAUGUUCCUAACCUUUUCGCAAAUGAGUUCGGGUGCUUUGGUUGUCAACAACUAUGGUGGUCUCAUUUAUAAAAGCCUCGGAUUCGACAGCGCCGCUGUUCUCCAAAUACAAGGAGGCUACCAAUUGUGCGGAUGGGUCGUGAACACCCUCUGCAUGUUUGUUAUAGACAGAUUUUCAAGAAAUAAGUUGAUGUCGUUCGGCUACUUCACCUGUGGGGUCACUGUCAUCAUAGAAGCCGUCCUGCAGAAGUACUAUCUAGGAACAACUAACCAUGCAGGAUUGGGCGCGUGCGCCGCAAUGCUCUUUCUGAAUGUCAUCUUUUUUGGCCUCUUUGUCGAGGGCGCAGGGUUUACUUAUGUCGCUGAAAUAUGGCCGACGUACGCUCGUGGAGAGGGAUACGCUCUUGGAAUGUGCACUCUUUGUGUGACGAGCAUCAUUUGGCUACAGUCGUCGCCCACAGCAUUCGACACGAUCGGUUGGAAAUUUUAUAUCAUUUUCAUUGUUUUUGAUGCUAUUGCCAUGGUUGUUGUCUGGUUCUAUCCCGAUACACGCGGAAAGCCUCUCGAAGAAGUGGGCGCAUUGUUUGGGGAUAAAGACAUGGUCGCUGUCUUCCAAUCAGAUCUCGAUACCGGCAAGUCCUUACAGUUUCUGGACAUGGGGAACAGCGGUGAGGCGAUAAAAGUUGAUUCGAAUCACAUCGAAAAUGCAAGGGAAGCACAAAAUUAG